AUGGCCGGGUCUCCUGCACUGCUCCUUCUGCUCGCUCUGGGGCUCUGCUGCCCUGGGGUCCGGAGCCAGAGGUACAAGAUGACAGCCAAGUUUCGUGACAGCAGCAUCAAGCACCCCCGGGUGGGACAGCGGCUGGAGCUGGAGUGUCUGGCCGCCAAGGAGGACAGUGGCGUAUUCUGGAUCCGCCUGGACAAGGGUGGGACCCUUCACUUCAUCGUCUUCAUUUCCUCCCUGCAUCGGACCACCUUUGAGGGGAACGAGAAGACAUCCACACGCUUCGAGGCGACGAAAGACAGCAGGUUCUACCGGCUGGUAGUGAAGUCUUUCACACCGCAGGAUGAGGGGAACUAUUUCUGCCUCAUGAACAGCAACCAAAUGCUGUACUUCAGCCCAGGCCAGCCUGCCUUCUUCCCAGUCACCACCACAGCAGCACCCACCACACCAGCACCCACCACCCAGGGUGGCAUCACCGAAAAGGACCCCUGCCUGAAGACCCUGGAUCCAGAGACCAACAAGGAGAAAGAGCUGGAUUUCGUCUGUGACAUCUUCAUCUGGGUUCCCUUGGCAGGCGCUUGCCUCCUGCUCCUCAUCGCCCUGGCUGUCACCAUCGUGCUGUGUCAACAAACCAGAAGACGAAGAUGCAGAUGUAAAAGACCUGCAAAUGGGAAGCCCUAUGUGAAACCUAGCACGCCAAGCCGACACGUAUAA